AUGGUAGCAACAGCCUAUCGGACAUCACAUGGCUGUACUGACCAAUUAGCUGCUCAUAUUCUUAUUACAGGAUUUACAGGACAACUCAAAGGGUGGUGGGAUGAACACCUCACCACAGAAGACAAAGACAGCAUUCUUAAUGCUAUCAAGAUAGAUACUAAUGGUGAACCAAUUCUUCGAGAUGGAGAUACUAUCUCAGAUGCGGUGGCAACCUUGAUAUUUACCAUUGCAAAAACAUUCGUCGGUGAUCCAGGAAUAUUCAGGGAAAAAUCAUCGGAAUUACUAAACAAUCUCAAAUGCAAGAGUCAUUCAGACUUCCGAUGGUACAAGGAUACAUUCUUAACCAGGAUAUAUUCCAGGACAGAUGGCAACAAGGCCUAUUGGAAAGAAAAAUUCAUUGAUGGUCUUCCAAAAUCUUUACGAGAUCUUGUUCGAGAAGAAUUAAGGACUCAAUACAAUGAAACUGUACCAUGGGAAGAAAUAACCUAUGGACAGUUAACAAGUCAAAUUCAACAAGUGGCACUCAAAGUGUGCAGACAAGACAAGAUGCUCAGACAACUAGCAAAGGAUCGAGCCCAAAGGAGAAAAGAUCUUGGAUCCUUUUGUGAACAGUUUGGGUUACCCAGUUGCUACAAAAAACCUCACAAACGGCCCAAACCCACAAAACAUUUUGAAAAACCACCUAUAUACAAAAAGAAAUAUCAGCCCAAACAACCUUUACCCAUACAGUCUCCACCCAUCCAGUCUCCUCAAGUAACAAACUCCUUUCCAGUUUGCUACAAAUGCCACAAACCCGGACAUAUAGCCCGUUACUGUAAACUUAACCAAAGGAUCAGUACCUUAGGACUAGAAGACCAAGUUAAAACCCAAAUAUCAAAUCUUCUAAUCGAAUCAGAAACUGAUCAUUCUGAAAGAGAAGAAGAUUAUCUCAAUCAGUUAGAAUAUGAUAUUUCAACAUCUUCUUCCUCUCAUACCACCAGUGACAAAGAAGAAGGAGGUCCUACCAUCAAUGUUUUGACAAAAGAUCAAAACCUUCUUCUUGACAUCAUUGAAGAUACUUCUGAAAUAGAGAAAAGAUAA